AUGCAGGAUAUCAAGGGAGAAUCCAUCACGAGUGAACCCAUCAGGGGAGAUACCCCCACGAAGACAAACACCGAUAAGAAGAAGAAAAAAAAAGUCGAAAAAUACACAAAUAAAAUUACCAACUUUUUUAAAAUUGUAAAGAGUGGCCAAGUGGCCAAAAUACUGCGGACACAGAACGCUCUCAUUUGUGAGAACAACCCACACGCCGACGAAGGCGCAUCGGGUAUACUUUCCAACAUAAGUAUAAAAUCUCUACCGAGGAAUUCCCAAGUGAAGGAAACUAUGCACCAGACUUGCGACCAAAACGUGUUGCUCACUGAUGUAGAUGCAGGGGGGGAAGAAGGGACAAGUCAAAUAGAAUAUCCUCCAAAGGAGGAAAACAUAUUUUAUUCCUCACCAGAAGUAGAAAAUGAAGCGACAAGCGGGGUGCAGAGCAUCAAUGUAAACUCGUCUGCAAAAAUUUGUGGAAUUGCCAAUGUGAAGUCCUCUUUGUCGAGUGACGUCAGUAGGGUGCCCACGGUUGAUGCGACUUUGAAAGGGAAGAAAGAGAGGGACAUAAAAACUGAUGGUGAAGAGAAAAGACGAGAGGAAAUUCGCCCCGAUUGCACACCCCCCCAUGGAGAACCCCAAGACGAGAUGAACAAAACAAAAAGGGGACUCAAAAGAAAAAAAAAUGAACCAGAUGAUGAGCAUAAGGGGGAUGGUGCGAAUAGCUCGCUGGAAAUGAACGUAACGGAAGAGGAUGGUGUGGAUGGUGUGGCUGGUGUGGAUGGUGUGGCUGGUGUGGAUGGUGUGGCUGGUGUGGAUGGUGUGGCUGGUGUGGAUGGUACUCCUGGGCAAGAUCAGUCAAAGGAACCCCGUGUAGACCUUAUUUCCAUAUUACCCACAGAAGGGAAUAACAUUGAAAAUGUUUACUCAGAACCAAAUAGGGGAGACGGAAAAGAGGAAAAUGUUGUGCGCUCUUCUUCGCCCCCUGAAGAAUGCGCAAAGGUAGUGAAGGCGAGGAAAAUCUCCCUCGUUAAUUUUUUCGGAAAUGAUAUUCAAAUUACUGUGAAUGUGAAUGAGGACAGUGCUUCGGAGGGUGGGUUUAGCAGUGCGGAUACCGACGGGAGCGGGUCUACCUUGGGCUGCACCGGGAGGUCCAAGCGUAGGCAUGGCGCCAGAAGUGGUACACCCAAACGGUGCACUACUUAUGGCACACCCAAACGGGACAAUACUUAUGACACACCCAAACGGGACAAUACUUAUGACACACCCAAACGGGACAAUUCUGAUGGCACACCCAAACAGGACACUGCUGAUGGCACACCCAAACGCAAAUCUGGUUCUGGUAUACUUAAACGCGGCGUCGGGGGAGACGAUGCAGACACCAUCAAAACGCUAAACCCAUCGUACAAGAGAAAUUCCAUUUCCGACGGAGAAAGAUACGGAAAAAAUGAUGGUGAAAUCUAUUUGGAGAAAAAAAAAAAGGAAAGGUAUAGCCCCGAUGGACGUGAUGGAGGGGAAGAAGGGAGUCAGACCAAUGAUGAGUUGUCCCCAAAGGAACAUGCGAACACCCCCGUAACAUCAGGAAGGAGAAAUUCUGUAAAAGAAAACAAACGAGUGUUAAAAUCAGAUCAUGAGUUCGAAUUGGAGCGAGCCAAAACGAAGAGGGUUCGGGUCGGGAGAGUCAGUUAUACAGGGGUAGGUGCGCACACGAGCAUUGACACAGAUGCCCAAGGGGAUGUCGAUGCGGAGGGAGGGCACAAGAACUCUUCCAACAGGGCUGACAGAAAAACGUGCCUGAACGUUGGCUUUGUUAGCGAGUUCUGCAGAAAGGCGAGGAAAACCUGCGCAGUGGAUAUAAGCGGGGGCAACAAUGACGAUAACGACCAUAACGACCAUCACGAUCAUAACGAGCAUAACGACCAUAGCGACCAUAACGAUGGUGAUGAUGAUGAUUCCGAUGAGGAUGGUGGCCCCUCUGGCGAAUCCGACUUCCCCCCCAUGGUGCACCCAGAUGGCGCGUGGGCGCACCACUCAAAGAAGGCACAAAAGAAGAAGAGAAAAGACGGCGCGCACGGGAACCAUUUCGAAACGAACCUGUACCAAAUGAACAAUAACGUACAGGAAAAAUUAACCUCCAUUAAAAAUAGCUUUAGGAUAAAUGAUAACGUAAAUGAUAUUCUAAACGAGAAGAGGAGGAUCAAAAUUCUUCGAAUUUUAAACAAGUAUUAUUUUGACAGGGAGUACAACGACUACGUGGAGGUUCAACAAGGAAGGAAAGGUCUCCAGAAGGGUGUCACGAAGAAGGGUGUCACGGGAAAAUGUUCCACCGGGAAAUGCUCCUUCGGGAAAAGCAUCGCUUCAGAAGAGCUUUUGAGAGAUCACUCAAACAAACCUUUCACCUUCUUCAUCGCGGGAAAGUUCACUCUCUUUAGCAAUUUCGCACUGGCGAAGAAGCUGAAAGAUGUAGGGUACGGAAUCACGAACAACUUACGGAGAAGCAACUCAUUAAUCAUUGGACACGGUUUAAGUGAGGACUUUGUAAAAAAAAUGGCAAAUUUUAAAGGUCGAAUUUUUGAUGAGGAGGCAAUUUUACACCACCUAAAUGUAGAUGUAAAAAAGCGAAUUGAUCUUUUUGCCCCGAUAAAUAAAAAUAAUGCAAAACGGUACAAAUUUCUAAUUAACCAGUCUAAUAUAGAUAGUGCACCGAUCAAAUCUAUUAAAAGAAAGGUGCUUCAGUUUUGCAGAGCCAUACGGAAGAGCUUGUCUGAAAGUUUAGACACUCCUCAUGAUGAGUAUAAGAAUAUGUUGCUUCCUAAUUUGGCGAAACGGUUAAGUGACUUUUUUUUGUUUUUGCAUUUGUCCAGGGGGAAAUUUCACUCCGAUAUGAACUCCCUGCUGCACUGGUACAGAAAGAAGCAUCAGGAGUUGAUGCUUCCGCUGCGUGGUGGUGACAAAAUUUUCCAGUCGGAACCCUCCCUCUGCAGUGACAAGGAGACUUCCUCGUUUGUACUUUUCGUCCGAAACCUCUGCGACGUUUUCUCCGCAUGCUACAUCAAGGAUGGUUUUUUAACUUGUGAUCUGACGGGAGGAGAGUGUAUUUCUGUCGGAGAAAUCGGGUCCAAGGAGAAUCACACGGACAGUGAAGCCAGCACCUCCCCGAGAGGCAGUCUCCAACCGUUGAUGAAUCCAUCUGAGAGUAGCCAGUCAAAGGAAGACAACUCGGAACGGAAGAAAAAAGACAAUCACAUUGAGGAGAAAAUACGUAUCCCAGGGGGUGAUCACGAUGAUGAUGGUGGUGGUGGUGGUGGCGAUGAUCAUAACCAUGACCAUGGCGAUGACCAUGGCGAUGACCAUGGCGAUGACCAUGACGAUGAUGAUGAGUCAUCCCUGGAGUACAUAUCCGCGGAGGACUACUUCGAGCACACGGACGAGUCAGGCGAAAUGUCCAACGACGAAAAGGAACUCAACAAUGACAGUGCGAGUUCCUUCAAGAGAAGCAUAACGCAUAAUAUGAAAAAAUGUGAGAAGCUAAAAAUUGUGACAAAUUUAUGGAGAGUGUUUUUUCGGCCCAACAGUCUCUACGAAAUUGCUGGGCAUAAAAAUGAAGUUCUAAAAUUAUACAAAAUUUUAAGGAAGCUCUUUCCAGAAGAGGGGGUAGAGGAGCCCUCGAAUGGGAAGAAACCCUCUGCACAUUCAACAGAACCUUCCCCGAGGGGAACGACCUUCCCAAAGGGAGGUAGUGCCCAACGAUAUGAUCCAUCAGACAUGUACCAAGAAAAAAGUAACAUAAUAUUCCUAGUGUACCCUCCAAACUGUGGAGUAAAGAGAUUAGUCGAGCUCAUCUGCUAUGCCUGUGACCUAUGUCCAAUAUAUGAGAGCAAAGUACAGAAGUAUAAAAAUAUCAAUUACUUUUUUAAAUACACACAUGGGUUGAAACCAAUCUCUAUAUAUAACGCUAAUAAGUUAGACAAAAACUCUCUCAAUGAAUUGAGUGCUCGAAACGAUGUAAGUAUUUGCAUGUAUGAGGACAAGAAUUACGUGAUGAAUAGCUUAUCGAGUUUCUCUUUUCCUCUGUUGGACAACAUAAAUCAUGUACUCAUUAAUUUUGGUGUUCCUUCUAGAGAUGCUUUAUUUCACAGAUGUUAUUCUGUUUCUUCUUGUGUUAUAAGAAAUUUGAAUAAAAAACUCUUUAGCAUAUUUUUUGAGACGUGCAGAUUGAAUGACUUUUCCUACUCGAUCGAAAGCGUCUACAGUAAGAUGCAUCUCCUGGCUUCAUACGUGAAUUAUGUGCAGCCCUUGGGGGAUCGUGAACUCUCUAUUAGCGGCAAGGAGGCAGGUGCGAGAAAAGAGGACGAAGCCACUUUCAACUUCAGCUUCCCCAAUAAUGUGUUGCAGGAGUAUAUAUCAGACCAUCUCAUGAAUCGUUUUUUUAUGAGAAAUUAUGACGAUGUGGAGAGGGCGCUGAGUGGCAACUUAAGCGAUCAGGUACAUAACGAGUUAGGGGGCGAGUUAGGCGACGAAUCUAAUGCUUCGUUAUAUAUCCCCUCGUGUGGUGAGUCAACAGAUGGACGCAAAGAGAAGAGCUCAACGCGCGAGAGAAAGGCAAAGAUGAUGAAGAGGCUAAACGAAGACUAUUACUUCUUUAGAGAAUUCGACGUGGAGGAUAUACGUACUCUCGUCAAUGACUGCUAUGACAAAAUGCACAUAGAAAACGAAAAAUUAAUUUUCGACUUAACGGUAAAGAAAAAUAGCAACCUACUGAGUGAGAGGAGUGAUUAUUUAUAUAUGGACGCAGGAGCAAGGAGGGAUAGAGAACGCAUUCUCAUUAAAGUCUUGGAACUUUUUUUAUACGCUUGCAUUUUGGUGAAGUCAGAUGAUGUGAACAUAAAUUUGAUUGCCGUCGAUAUGACUGUGUACUGGAGGAAAUACCUCUUCAUGAGUCCCGCCUUCCGGUUGGCGUGGAGCAGCAGCGGUAGAGACGGCAACAUACCAAAGGACAAAGGGGAGAGCAAACGAGACGGUAGGGGUGAUGGUAGGGGUGAUGGUAGGGGGAAUGGCAGACGAGGCAACCGAGGGGGUGAGAAGAACCUAGCGGGUCGGGAAAAGGGAGAAUGCAUUAUCCCCCAAACAAGCGGAAAAAACGACUUCAUCAAUGAGACGAAGGUGAAGGACCACUUGAAGGGGAAGAUGGAAAAGUGCAACAAAAUAUUCUGCGAGAAGGUGAAGAAGUACCGGAGCCUGAUGGCCCACUUCGGGUGCCCCUUCAACUUCUCCUCGGCCAGUGUGGUGUACGACCUUCUUCAGAACAGCAAGGUGGCGAACUUGGCCCCUCGCAGGCGUGGCGACGCCAAGUCGUGA